AUGUCGAUUCAAUUAGAUAUAAUAGGUCUUCUUCAAGCCAUAGCUCGUACUUUGAAUGCAUUCAAUCUUGAAGCCGGUUCAGCACUCAUCGAACGAGCUUUGGUGAAUAUUAAUGAUGAUCCUAACAAUACUCAAUUACUCGCUAAUCUAAAACAGGAACUUGGGCAAUUGCCACCACUAACAAAUCUCAAUAUUCAUGGCGAAAUGCUUUGGUUUAUUGAAAAAGUAAUUGAAUAUGUACAAGCUGCUAAUGUGAUCAACAAAAAACUUGUAACACGAACUGUCGAAAAGCUUUAUCGUGGUUUAGAACCAUAUGCUCGAAAUGACACACAACGAACGGCCUUGAUCGAAAUGCAAACUGCCAAAGAUGAUGCACUAGAACAAACAAGAACUGAAAUAUUAGCUAUUGGUAUUGAAGGUGAUCGUCAUUCAUUAUGUGGUGCUAUUAAAAGAUUUGAACUUAAUGGUAAACAAUGGAAUGGUUUACUUUCUCUCAAAGAACAAUGUGCACGUUAUAUUGUUCUUAUUAAAAAUGAACAAAUUAAAUGGUUUAUUACUGCUUAUUUAUCUCCAAAUUUAUUUAAAUAUGUAACAAAAGAUAUAUUUAAUUUACGACGACGUGAAUUUCGAUUAAAUUAUGCAAAACCUUUAUAUAUGUGUCAAGAAUGUACAAUGGAUACUUAUGAAGAUCCAUCAGAUGAUUGUCAAUGUCCACAAAUAGAUACGGCAAUAGAUGCCUUGAAUAAUUAUCUUUUUCAACAAAAGACGACAAAAAUUAAUAAAUCAAAAAAAUUUGAAAUUAUUUAUAAAAUACCAAAUGAUGAAAUGGAUCAUAGUGAUGAAUUAAAAAGUUCAACAUCAUUUUUUCUUUAUCUUUCACCAAGUCAAUACAAUGCUGAAACUUAUAUGGAUGAUGAACCUUUUGAUGAAUAUAAUUUAAUUAAUUCACAUAUAUCUGCAAAAGAUAAACUUUUAUUUGUUGAUACUAUGCGUUUUUUUGGUGGAUUUCGAACUAAAUAUCAAGAACCUCAACUUAUUUUUUAUCGUCGUAGUGAAUUAGAACUUUAG